CACCACAGAUCCACCCAUUUAUCAAAGAAGAAUUUAUGAAGACACUGGAAUAUGCUGGACCACAACUGACCUCUGUGCAAAAAGGAGAUUGGGUGGGAUUAUACAGACGUUUUUUUAAAUCUCCUAACUUUGAUGGCUGGUUUCGUAUGAGAUACCAGGAGAUGUAUAAGAAGCUGGAGAUACUUCACCUUGAGGUGUUGUGUGAGGCAGAUCUGCUGAUGUGGGUACAAGAAAAAUCUGAAGUGGAAGUUGUGGACCUGGUUUUAAAAUUGCGUGAGAAACUGAUAAAAGCAAGGGUUCAUCAGUUCUCAGUCAGGGCAGACUUGCUGGAGAAACUGGAAUUGUACUUGGAAACAGUAAUCAGCUCCCUACCUGAUGAUCUACAGGUCAUGCUGCAGCAGCAUUGAUUGGAAUAGCAAGUGCCACGCAGGCAGUUCAGCCUGUCAGAAGAAAUCAAAAGAAAGAAGUCGCAUUGGACACCAUGUUUUCUGCUGUCAGAUUUUGAAAUUUUCAUUGUACAAAGACCAUUGCUUGCAGUGGUUAGAUUGCAAUUGAGUGAAAAUUUCUGUUCAGUAGCCAGAGUUAUUUGCAAAUGAUGAACUAAAAUGUUAAUAAUGUAACCUAACUUGUACACACAUAUAGUACUACUCUGUAGUUUUAAAAAGGUAUCACCAGAUUCAAUUAAACAGUU